UAUGACUUGUUUUGCUUGAUUUGUUUUUCAUCUUUGGUGUACAGAAGGCUUCUUGUAUCACUUGCUUUCAGAAACAUACAUGCACAUAUUGUACAUGCAUAAAAUCUGUGAUAGUGCUUGGAAAGAAAAUAACCUCAGUGCUGAAAAGCAGCUUCUCUGUUCAGCUGAAUGUGAUUGAGAAGAUGGCCUCUGUUACCACCACCGCUGUGUUUCUGCUCUGCCACUUCUUUAUUGCCUCCACAGACUCUCAGGAUGGUUGUGAUGAGUAUGCAGAAACAGGCACAAAUUUUACCGUGCUACUUAAACACACUUUGAAGGAAUCUGAGAACCUGAGAUGGUUCCACAACACAACAAUAAUCUUUAAUAGCAAAUUAGACAAGGGGGGCAAAGGAAAAGAUUUCUUUGUUGAGUCAACUGGAUCACUGAAGCUGACAAAACUCACAAAGGACAAGUCAGGACUUUACACUCCUAUGGUUUACGAUGAAGAUGGAACAUAUGUAGAGGAUUUACCGAGCUUGAGCUUAUGCAUAUUAGACUUUCAGGAUGGUUGUGAUGAGUAUGCUGCUGCAGGCACAAGCUUUACUGUGCCACUAAAGCACAAGUUGCAGGAAUCUAGUAGUCUAAGAUGGCUCCAUGUUACAAAAAUAAUCUUCAAACGCAGAAAGAAACAGGUGAUCACAGGGAAAAAUGAAGAUGUUGAUUCAACUGGAUCUCUAAAGCUGACACAACUGACCAAAGACAAGUCGGGACAAUACACCCCACAGGUUUAUGAUGAAGAUGGAGUAAGCGUAGGGCAUUUACAAAGUUUGCGUUUAUGUGUAUUAGAUCGUGUGCAGAAGCCCAACGUGUCGGUGAGGUGUACAGACUCUAAGACAAAUGUCAAUUUUACUUGCAAUGUUGGUCAGAAUGAGAAGAAUUUUAUGAUCGAAUGGUUUAUGGAUGAUGAAAAACUGGAAGAAAAAGAGAAGACCCUGACGAGAGUAGCCAAAGAUGUGGCAAAUGCCCGUUUCUCUUGUAAUGUUUCUAACCCAGUCAGCUCUGACAUCAGUCUGCCUGUUCAACAAAACUGCUAUGAACUCUAUUCCCAGGAUGUUUGCAACCUGUAUGGUGCAAUAGGUGACAGCAUUGUUGUGCCUCUGAACCACAAGCUGGACAAAGCGUCAGUUUUAAAAUGGAAGCACAAUGAUACAAUAAUCUUUGAGCAAAGAAAAAACAAAUCUCCUAAUCCCAUAUAUGUCAAGGGAAAAAAGGACGACAUUAAUCCAGAUGGAUCCCUAAAACUGACAAAUCUAGAUGCAAAUGACUCAGGAAACUACAUCCCAAAGGUUUACAGUCAAGAUGGAGCAUUAGAAAGCAAUAUGAAAAUCACACGUUUAUGUGUUUUGGCCCGUGUACAGAAGCCCAGAGUGAAGAUAAUGUGUCCAAACAAGUCAGAAGUCAAAUUUACUUGCGUUGUUAGUCAGAAUGAUUUUAACAUCGAAUGGCUGAUGGAGGGUAAAAGGUUGAAAGAAAAAGAGAUGACACUGACAAGAGUAGCCAAAGAUGUAGUAAAUGCCAGUUUCUCUUGUAAUGUUUCGAACCCCGUCAGCUCUGAGCUGAGUCUGCCUGUUCAACAAAACUGCUAUGCGCCCCACUCUCAGGAUGGUUGUGAUGAGUACGCUGCAACAGGCUCAAGUUUUACUGUGCCCCUUAAGCAUAAGUUACAGGAAUCUGAGAACCUGAGAUGGUUCCACAACACAACAAUAAUCUUUAAUAGCAAAUUAGACAAGCGGACCAAGAGGAACACAAGGAAAGACUUCUUUGUUGAUUCAACUGGAUCACUAAAGCUGACAAAACUGAUGAAAGACAAUUCGGGACAAUACGCGCCUAUAGUUCAUGACGAAGAAGGAAGAAAUGUAGCACAUUUACUGAGCUUGAGUUUGUGUGUAUUAGACCCUGUGCAGAAGCCAAACGUAACGAUGAAAUGCACAGGCUCUACAAUAAAUGUCAGUUUCACUUGCAGUGUUGAUCAGAAGGAAAACUAUUUGGAAUAUAAAUGGCUUACAAAGGAUAAAGAGUUAGAAGGAAAUCUGAAGGACACGCUAACAAAAAAAGCUGAAGAUGUGAUGAACCUCCCCAUCGCUUGUAAUGUUUCUAACCCCGUCAGCUUUGCCAUCAGUGAGCCUGUUUACCAAGAAUGCUUAAAGCUUUAUGUCGCUGGUGAAAAAUCUGGACCAAACAUCUGGGUUUUUGUGCGCUUUGGAGCCGGUUUUUUUCUGUUGUUGCUCCUCACUGUCAUUGUUUGUGCAACCAGCCUCACACAGAAAAAUAAAUAUGCAAUAAGAGACAAGGAGGAGUUUCCUUUGAGCCAGUCAGGAACAGAGACAACAGCAGCAGCAGCAGUUGGUCAGCUACACAAAUAAAACUAGAGCCUGACUUCUGUGGAAACUGGUCUGGAGAGAGAGACAAACAUUAUCCCGUCAACCAGGCUUCAGACAGGCUUUGACUUUUAAAUCUUUCAUUUUGAAGGAAAAUAUUUGCUGGGCAGGUUCAUCUUGGCUGUAAGAGGACUUUUGUAGCAUAACAGAUGUAAUUUCUCAUGUGAUUCAUGUGAUUCUUAUUUCUAAUUUAAAAACUCUCAGGAUGACAGACAAUAUCUUUGUUGUUGUUUACGUCACGCACUCAGACUAUGCGUCAGAUCAAAAGUCCUGCCAUCUGCAGAAUAGAAACAAGAGCGAGGACCAUUUGGUUUGAGACAGACCAGAUGAAAUGUAUGACUGCAGCUAUUUAAAGGAUUUCGAUACGAUGAUGAGCUCACCUGAAAUACUCUGAUUGGCUGAUACACAGAUAAGGGCAGCCUUGGCAGAGACACCCACCGAGAGAAAUCAUUUAACAGUACAAUGUCAUCUUUGUUUGUUCUGCUGCUGCCACAAACUCGCUCCAUCACAAGAUCACAUCAGGACUCAAAGAAGAAGCCAGUGUUUUUUGUGACAAUCAAUCAAUCAACCACAUACUCAGAUUGAAUUAAUAAUGCCCAUGAGCUGCUUUCAUCCCUGUUCUUCUUUUACAUACAUAAAUUCUACUUUUUAGUCUUGUAACUUAAAAUCAACAACUUCACAAUCAUGACUGAUGUGAGUAUAAUCACAAAAUAAUUUCAUUUAAUAAACAAAAUUCAUCAAAAAUAUGUCUUAAAUAUGAAAUAUGAUGUGAUUGUACUUGUGUCUUAUUACAGGAGGUGAAGUCAUUUUACUGUUGGUCAUCCAGCUGCUCACAUACAGUAUAUUUCUAUAAAUUCAUAUUUCAUGGAGUAUUACAGUUAUAAUACAGUAAGGGUUCUUCCAGUUUGCACACAUAUGUAAUGCAAUGGCGCCACCCUGUGAACAAGUGUGAGUAGUGUAAGGUACCUUUUUUAUAUCAUUUUGUAGUUUUACUGAAUGUAAUUUUGAGCUUUUGAAGAAGCAAAUUAAGUUAUUAUUUUGCAAAACAUCCGCAUUAACCAACUAUUUGCUCCAACUACUGGGUUCUGGGAACACGUUUCUUUUUCAUUCUGGAAGCUUCAUACGUGUCCAUUAAUAGUGUUACACUAGACCACAUUUGGAAACUCUACCACACAAAAGA